ACAUAUGAUACAUAAUUAUUUAAAAUUAACAAUUAUUUACAAUUCAUCCUCUCGAAGUCCGAGUUCAUCCUCCUCCAGCCGGCCCUGAGAGGCUGAGAAGCUCGAAUCAGCGGCACAUCUUCCUCCUCUGUGCGAUCGGCAGGUCGAGACAAUCGAUCCUUUGCUCGAUUGGGUUAAGUCAGAAUUCGAGUUCCUUUGCUGGUGUGACGCUCCCUCGAAGCAUCCGAGCUUCCCUUUCCCCAGCAGCAGCAGCGACUUCCUUGCCGGCAUGAAGCUCCAUCGAUUUUAGCUUUAAGAAAUGGAAUGGCAACUAAACGGCCCAUUAGUGUACAACUACUUGGGUCGAGAAGAUAAUAAGCGUCUUAGAGCAAGGCCAAAGGAAUAAGCCCUCACAGCAUAUGGGUUUGGAGUUUUGAGGAACAAGCAUAGCUCAGGAUGACAGGCGUUGUAAUUGGUUGGAAAAGAAAAGAGCCGGCCUUCUUGCUACUAUAUAUUGUUGUCGUAUUUAUUUACUUCAUCCACCGAACUCUUCAGCUCGCUCAUGAGCACAGGUCAAAGUUGUAUGGCUUACGCCCUGGCUGGCUCUUCCCUCAUAGUCUUAAUGAUGUCUCUGAUGCCCAAUGGAGAAACUUUCGUGGGAAUCUACCUAUUCUUACUUCUGUAUUUGCACUUUUCGCUGUCGUAGCCAAUGCAUUGAAGGCCUUCUUGUCUUUGGGAGCUAAGGGCAUGGCCAUUUCCUGGAUUUUGAUUUCUUUGUCCUAUUUGGCAUAUCUUCAUGGGGCUUGCACCAUCUACAUCUUGUUAAUAGCUUCUGCUAAUUAUAUUCUAGUAAUGAUAUUUGCACGAACAAAGUACUUCUCAUUUGCUAUUUGGGUUUUCAACAUUUUUGUUCUUGUUUGCAAUCGGAUUUAUGAGGGAUAUUCAUUCUCCAUAUUUGGGGAGCAGUGGGCAUACUUAGAUAACUUUCGAGGCACCUUUAGGUGGCACAUUUGCUUUAACUUUGUUAUUUUGCGCAUGUUAAGCUUUGGAUAUGAUUAUCAUUGGGCUAAUCAACAACGUCAUUUUGAUCAAAGGAAGCACAUCCAGCGUUGCCAUACUUGUAAAUCUGGGGGAAUCUGCUACCAAUUGCUACAGGAGAGAAGUCUGCCAAUUGAUAACUUUUCAUUCAGUGUGUACUUAUCAUAUCUGGUCUAUGCGCCACUUUACCUUGCUGGCCCAAUCAUAAGCUUCAAUGCCUUUGCUUCACAGCUAGAUAUGCCAGCACGAAUUUUCGCAACCAGAGAUGUACUCUGGUAUGGUUUACGGUGGAUAUUCAGCUUCAUGAUCAUAGAGAUCAUGAAUCAUUUAUUUCAUUACAAUGCAUUCGCAGUCAGUGGCCUGUGGAGGUCGUUGUCACCUAUGGACAUGUUCAUCAUCACAUAUGGGGAACCAACAUACAGGGAAAACCAGUGCUGGCAAUCUGAGUUCCAGGCUUCCAGCUGUUCUGUUCAAUAGUGUGACAUUCUCUCUGUUCCUGUCAUAUUGAACUGGCACUUGCUUGUCCGGUCUUGAACUUUAUGUGGCUGAAGUUUUUCCUCAUAUGGCGCUAUUUUCGGCUUUGGUCACUGAUUAGCGGCAUAGAGGCUCCUGAGAAUAUGCCUAGGUGCAUAAAUAAUUGCUACAACUUGGAGAGCUUUUGGAAAAAUUGGCAUGCUUCCUACAAUAGAUGGCUUGUAAGGUACAUAUAUAUUCCCCUUGGUGGGUCUCGGACGAAGUUUCUAAACAUCUGGGUGAUAUUCACAUUCGUUGCUAUUUGGCAUGAUCUAGAAUGGAAACUUCUCUCAUGGGCAUGGCUAACAUGUUUAUUCUUCAUCCCAGAAAUGGUAGCCAAAUCAGCAAUCUCUACACUACAGGUAGAAACUGCUUCUGGGGAGCUCCUUUCGCGAGAACUCAAGGCUGUGGCCGGUGCAAUCACUAUUACAUGUCUCAUGGUAGCAAAUUUUGCUGGCUAUGUUGUUGGACCAUCUGGUGUCAACUGGAUAAUUUCCCGGUUCUCAAGUAGAGAAGGACUACCGGUGCUUUGUUGGAUGAUGGUAACUUUCUACCUGGCGGUUAAGCUGAUUCUCCACAUAGAGGACGCGAAGCGGAAGCAGCAAUAGUACAUGGAACCCAGAAGCCAGAAUGGACACCACUUUUGAACUGCUGCUGAGUUUUGAAUGUCUGCCAAAUUUUGUAAGGAAAUGACGAGAGAGGGAGCGGUAGAAUUAACAGCAGCUUCGCAUUUUAGUCUGAGAAAAUCUGCCCCGAGGGUCUACAGUCUACAGAUAAACCCGUUCGAUAAUUUUUUUUAAGGCACCUGACUUUGGGUUCUCAAGUUUUGCUUAAAUACGGUCACAACCUCAUUUGUUUAUUUCUUUUCGGCCAUAAUAUCAAACAAUUAUUACUCGUUAUCGUGAGGAAUGUGGUCAUGGAAUUUGACCCACAAUUCCAUCAGAAAAUGGACAAACGUCAAUAGGAUAGGACACACAUUGAUAUCCUAGGUGUACUGCAGCGCCGUUAGCCAUUCAGCAAAUCAAAGGAAAAUAAAC